AGAUGUUCCUGACAAUGUUACUUAUCAAUACAAUUGAAGUAUUGAAUUAUAUAUUAACAUCCAUAUAGCCAUCUUUAAAAAUGCUGAUAUCACUUUUUGUGGGCAAGUACUGAAAUGGCUCAGGAGACAAACCAGACCCCAGGGCCCAUGCUGUGUAGUACAGGAUGUGGAUUUUAUGGAAAUCCUAGAACAAAUGGCAUGUGUUCUGUUUGCUACAAAGAACAUCUUCAGCGACAGCAGAAUAGUGGUAGAAUCAGCCCAAUGGGGAUAGCUAGUGGUUCAAACAGUCCUAUCUCAGACUCUGCAUCUGUACAGAGAGCAGAUGGUAGUUUAAACAACUGUGAAGGUACUGCUAGUAGCACAUCUGGAAAAUCAAGAAAUGUGCCUGUUGCUGCUUUGCCGGUAAUGCAGCAAAUGACAGAAAUGAGCGUUUCAAGAGAGGAGAAAGUAACAUCAAAAACAGAGAUCGAGCCAG